CCUUGUUAUUUGUUUAAAGGUCCCGGGUGGUACAAAGUACUCUCCAUAGUCUCAGACUGUCAGCGGUGUUUAAAUUCCUUUGUACAGUCCUUUGGACCUAUUCAGCAUGUCAAACGCGGACAGAGUUGUGUUAGCUCUCGGUGGAGCAGGAACAGUGGGCUCUGGAAUAGUUAAAGCACUCCUCGACAAAGGUUUCAAGGUGGCUGUCAUCUCCAGAGACAACAGCAGAUUAGAGAAGCUCAGGGGGUUUGUUUCGCCCUCCGUCCGAGACAACCUCACUACCCUAGUCGGGAAUGUUGGUUCAGAGGAGGGGGCAGAGGUGGUCAAGCACACCCUUCUGAAGUCUGUUGGCAAGGUGACAGACAUUGUGUCAUCUCUGGGAUUCAGCUGGUGGCAGGGUGGGCCACCACAUACCCAGACUCUGAAAGAACUACACUGGGUGAUUGAGACAUUGCUGUUUAGCACCUUUGUAUCAUGGAAGGUCUUCUUUCCGCUGGUGAGAGACAACCCCAACUGCACCUACACCUUUAUCACAGGUGGUGCUGGAGAGAAGCUGUUGAUGCCAGGUACAGGGUUCCUGACUGUUGGCGCCGCCAGCUCCCUGGCAUUCUGUCAGGUACUACGAGAGGAGUACCCAGAAGUGCCCUGCAAACUCAACCAGGUAAAGAUCAACACAGGUGUGGCCCCUCCAGAGCGCAUGGCUCCUGGUUACCUGAACCACCUGGACCUUGGUGAGGCUGUGGCCACGUUGGUGGAGAGAAAGAACACCACCCACACAGUGUUCCCUGUCAACUCCCCGGCAGACUUAAAAAAAGUCAUUCUCGAGGGUAACCUGUAAGGCUUCCCUGCUCUGUCAUAAGUCCCUGCAGACUCUCAACUAUAGUGCUGGAGUCAUUCCACAUCCAUUUUACUGUAUAGUCAGGAAUGUGCUUUUCUUUGCAUGCAUUAUAACCCUAACCCUGUAAGUAAGAUGCCAAGCUUUAUGUAAAUUCAUGCCAGAAUCUGCAUAGUCCUUAAUUGUUCCAGUGCUCAUGCACUAAUAACCACAUAAUGCACUACCUUCCAGGAUGUCAAUGGAACUGUGCAGGUGCAUAGUAGAUUAUUUAGAUGUGCUCUAUUGGGAAAGUGCAAGAUGACUCUGAGGCAGCAAAAGACGGCGGGGGGACAGGGAGGGUAGACGGUAGGGGCGGCGAUGGGGGGCUUGGCACAUUUCUGUCCCCCUAGCGUGACUCUCUGUCCUGUUCACAGGCGCCCUCCACCCAACCCCUUUAUCUGGGACAGCACAUCCCAUAAAUAAACGAUGCGGUGGGAGGUCUGAUAGAGGGAAAAUAAAUAUCACAGAGUGCAUUGUCUUUGUUUUACUGUUCUGUUAAUGGCAUACAUGCUUAAGCAACAAGAAUGUAUAUUUGUCAUGCCAAUAAAGAAACCUGAAUUGUG